AUGGCGGCCGUGGGGCUCGCCGACGACCUGCUCGUCGAGAUCCUCUCGCGCGUCCCCGCAAGGUCGUUGUGCCGCUUCAAGUGCGUCUCCAAGGAUUGGCUCGGCCUCAUCGAACACCCCGAGCACCGCAAGAAGCUUCCUCAAACCCUAGCCGGCUUCUUCUGCACUAGGAGCGGCAAUGGGGAGUUGCCUCUGGAAACACAAGUCCGCUUCGCCAGUGUCUUGGGGAAAAGCUGCCCUCCCAUCGACACCUCUUUCGCCUUCCUGCCCAGCCACCGACGCUUGGAUCUACUGGACUGCUGCAACGGCCUCCUCCUCUGCCGCUGGUACGACGUUUCCGCUCAUGGUGAUGAGUUUCGUUACAUCGUGUGCAAUCCUGCCACGGAGCAGUGGGUUUCGUUACCCCGUCGCAGGCGUGUUAGCAAGGUGGGCAUAGUGCGCCUGGGUUUCGAUCCGGCCGUUUCUUCCCACUUCUAUGUGUUUGUGUUGCUAAAGAAUGUGGAAUUUAACUACUACCUUGGCGGAGUGGAGGUGUAUUCGUCAGAAACCGGGAGAUGGGAUCAUAAGGAAGAGAGAUGGGGCGACAGUAUGGAGCUUGUUACUCCUCAGCCGGCUGAUGUCUUUUUCAACGGCUGCUUGCAUUUGCACGCCUAUGGCAGAUGGUCAUCUUGUUGUCUAGCCUUGGUCGACACGAAGGGGGAAACAUGGGCGAGUCUUGGUAUCCCUGGUCAUCUGUAUGGUGGUUUUAUUCAGCUGUCACAGGGCCGCCUGCAUGGUGCCAAUUUUGAGAAAGAUCGCCAUGAUGAUGUGGUUCGACUAGUUGUUUAUGUUCUCGAGGAGUACGCCAAUAAUGCAUGGAUAUUGAAGCAUAGUGUUGAAACUCCAUACUUACUCGGAGGGGCAAAUGUUGUUGAUUCCGAUCGGUACAAGUGA